GCAAAGUACAGCUAUGACAAACUGAACAGAAACUACACAGGAACCAUUUUUUUAAGAUCAUCCAGCAGAACUGUAAAGAGAAAUUAACACUUUGGAGAGUCAUUCAGUGUGUGCGUGUGUGUGCGCGUGCAGGAGGCGUUAUUUGUAUCCAGAUGCCACAGAUGGUAGAUUUUUGUUCAUUUGAGACUAUCUGAGAAUUUAUCCAAGACUUUUAAAAGAUAAACUUCACAGCAAAGGUUGCAGGAGAAAAUGUUCCAAUGGAUAGCCUCCAGAAAUUUAUUCUGUUCACUUUUAUCCUAUUCGCCUCACUAACAGAUUUUGGCUUUGAUUGUUCUAUUGUAAAUGGCCCUGCUAAUGCAACAGUCCUAGUUGGUUCAGAGGCUCGGUUUAACUGUACUGUGUUCAAAGGAUGGCGAAUAAUAAUUUGGACUUUAAACACAAAUCCUGUUUUAUCAGCAAGUAAUGUUGGCGGAGCUAUUAUAACAAUAGAUCGCUUCACUCAACAAAAUUAUACCAGUGGUGAUGAAUUUACUUCAGAGCUGAUCAUCCACAAUGUCCAACAGAAUGAUUCUGGAAAAAUAGAAUGCAGCAUCCAAACGACUGAUCCCAACAGCUAUGCUUUUCUUUCUGUGCAAGUUAAUGGAUCUUUGUUCAUUAAAAAUCACAACUUGACAGUAAGAAAGAAUGAAACAGUUGACAUUGUUUGUGAAGCCUUAGGAUGGGCUCCAGCUCCAAACAUGACCUGGAUGAUAAAUAAUUCUUCUGUAGAUAAGUCCAGGUAUGUUACUAACCACAGUCAAGGAUCUAAUGAUCUUCACAAUGAAGUGAGCACUUUAACUUUGACUCCAAUGGCCAAUGAGACGCUGACUUGUUUAGCUGACAUAGAGGCACUUCCUGAGCCCCAGAAUGCAACUGUGACUCUUAUUGUGCAAGACUUCCUUGCAGAAAAUGGCAAGCAAGAAGACAGUACACGCACACGGACUAUUAUACUUGCAGUCACAUUGUCAAUUGGUUUUCUUCUUCUGAUCAUUAUUAUUUUUAUAAUAAUAUACUGCUGCCUAAAAAACAAAGAGUCCACCUAUCAAAAGGAGUUGAGAAAAGUUUCAACUAAGAAAAGCAAUGAUGGCGAUGUGAAGACUGGGAGAAGCAGUGGUAGUGAAAAUUCUGGAUACAUUCCAGAGGACUCAGUAUACUCAGAACAAAUACCAAGAGUCACUCCUCCUUCCCCAAGGGCCUCCAAUUUUUAUCGUCCAGAACAAGAAUUAGAAGUCAGUUCCACAUCAGAGGUGCCUUAUGAGGUGCAGCGGAAAAGACCACCACCACGAAGACCUAUUGAUUAUUCAGUCAAUCCAAGAAAAAUCAGAAAUGUGACUCUUGUAUAGGAGGUUGCUGUAUCACUGAAAUUUACACUUGUAUGACUUCCCGCAGUACAGAAAGAUGAUCAUAAUUUCAUUUAUAUUUGAAAAAAGGACCAUAGCUGUAUUUAUUUCAUGUAAUGAAUUAUUUUUAUCAUGAAGAACUAACAACCUUGACUUUAACAUGCACCUUUUCAACAAAAUUCUGCAAGCAAAUGAUGGUCCUGAUCCUGUAAUAGGAUCCAGGCAGAUGCACGCUGCAGAAUUCCAUUGACUUCCAUGGGACUUUCCAAAGGCAAGGGGCCAUGUUGUGGAGUCCCAUGGAAGUCAGUGUGGCUCCUUGUGGGGACAAAGAUUUGCUCACCCACAGCCAACUGAAAGUUCAGAGGUUAUGUAGGCUGGACAUUUAUCAGUCUGGAACAGCACAAUCUAUUGCUGGUUAGUCUUUUAUAUGACUUAAUUUAUAUUUUUUGAUCAUCCCAAGCUCUAUCAACAAUUUUUUCCAUUUUCUAAUGUGAACUAAGAUUUCCAAAAGGCCAGUUCAUGAUUUUCAAUCAAAACUGAUGUUUUCAUACUAAAAAAAUAGGUUAUUGACUAAAAACUUCUCGCAAAAAGUGUCUGUUUCUAAAGAAAAAUUCAACUGUUUGUCAAAAAUGUAACACACACACACACAAAAAAUAGUUUUUGAUUGAAAACCAGAAAAAUGACAGUUGAAAAACUAAAAAUGUUGAUUCAGAACUCACAUGGCAAUUCAUCAUAAGAAUUGGAUUUUGGAUGUGUCAUUUCCCUCUUCUUCUCUAUAUACUGAGUCCUCCAGCCUGUCAUAUCUCUUGACUUACUCCAGCCAGAUUUUCUCAUGAUGCAUCACAGUGUUUUGUUAAGAUGGGACACAGUGGUAAAACAUGGGAGAUACAGUCUGAGCAGGGAGCUUGACCUAUAGAGCAGAAUGAGGGCAUGACACACCUGAACUACAAUUCACUUGAGGCAUGGAAGUGGCAUUUCCAAACAGAAAGUUUUAAUUUUCAGCCAAAAAUUGUGGGCUGACUUUUUAAAAAUUUACAACUGAAAAUUUUCAGUUUAUGAUUUUUCAUUAAAAUUAUAAAUUUUUCCAUGGAACAUUUUUUUCUAGGCAGCUUUAGCUGUUAUAGACUCAUGACUUUCUAAGUUAUUCUGUAAUUUAUAUAUUGAUAUUUCAUAAGGACUUGUUCUUCCAAAUGUUGGAAAGAAGUGACGCUCCCAGAAUUAUCUCUACAGUGAUAGACUAUGCAACAAAGCAAAUAAAUCCAGAUCCUGAAUUGUGAGAAAAUUUUGUUUUGCGCAAUUAAUUAAAUUGUGACUACUGAAUUCAGA